UUUCUUUGAUUUUCGCGUGAUAUUGGCUCAGCUUGGAUUGAAUUUUCUUCUUUCGUCACCUUUUUGUUCAACACUUAUGAACAUAACCGAUCUCCCAGUCGAUCUUCUCAUCCAAGAUCUAUGUCCAAGAUUAGACUUCCACUCCCUCAUUGCCCUCUCUGCCACUUGUAAACAGUUCCAGACCUUUUGCACCGACGAAGCCAUAUGGAAGAAGCUGGUAUUGCGCGAAUUUCAUAUCCCGGUAUACGCAACGUUUAGGAACCGCGGUUGGAAGGAGAUAUAUUCCAAACUGCAUGAUCCGGUCGUGUACACGUGGGGAGAAGGCACCUACUAUCGCUUAGGUCACAAGCAAAGGGAGGUCCUUGGACGGGCAAGAAAUGUCCAAGGCGAUGAAGACACCCCUCGAGAACUUGAGGCACUCCGAGGCAAGAAAAUUAUCGAUAUCGUAGCUGGAGGUUGGUCAUUUCACGCCUUAGACAGAGACGGAAACGUGUGGGUAUGGGGGAUGCUGCAAGCGGAAUGGCCUAUAUCGAGAGGAGUUUCCCAGCAACCCAUCAAGACACCCACGUUGGUUCAAUUACCACAAGGCGUGAAGAUAGCGAGCAUAUCGUGUGGUCGAUCCCAUGCCAUCGGCCUCAGCACCGAAGGAAAGGUAUAUCACUGGAAUCACAUUAAAAAGGUUCAAGAGAUUCUGUUACCCAACACAUCGUCCCGUGUCAUUCAAGUUUCUGGCAACUGGGGAUAUUCCAGUCUAUUAACUGCUGCGGGAGAAAUCUUCAUUGUUCCGCAACCCGAGAAUGCAGAGGACGAUGAAGUGCCUAUUCUGACAUCAGAAGCUCAGGGACUAGGCAUCACACUUCGGAACUACAUCAGUGAUGCUCAAGCCAUGGGGCAGGAAGUGAACGCUAUCCCAGGUGACAUGUUCGUUCAAAUUGCAUCGAUGGAAUCAGACACGCUUGCCCUAUCGAGAAAGGGCAAGGUAUAUAAGUUCGGAACUGGACAGUUGAUUGAACGAGAAACAGAAGAAGAGGAGGAGCGGCUUGGCGAAGGACCACCGGUAUUUUUAUCAAAUCCAGCCGCUACUGGUGGAGAGCUUUUUCACUAUAGCUCACCAGACCAAAAGAACAUUGUUGAUUCGGACGGCAAUUUAACCAUGUUCAUUUCGUCUUUCUUUCAUAACUUUGCUGUAUAUACUCUGGAUGGUGCAGUCAAACUUGGUACGGCUCAAACUAAUGCGGAAGAUGAGCCAACCACACGGCCCGAACUCAACAGUAACAUAUGCAAAGUGACCUUUGGAGACUACCAUAGUGGCGCCUUAACAAAUGAUGGUGACUUAUUGACUUGGGGCUCUUUUAGCCGUGGCGCACUGGGUCAUGGCUCGGCUGGGUUACCAAGAAGGAAUAUUCCUAAUCGGUAUGCCAUGAUGGCUCCUGAACCAGAGAUCAACCCACGUAAAAUUGAAGCGCUUCAAGAUAUGUUUGUGUUUGCUGCAUCGUUUGGUGGAUGGCAUAGUGCUUGCUUAGCGUUUCGUCGCUAACACAAUCCAGCUGUAUCAUAGUGUAGUUCGUACAUUGCAGCUAUUGUAAAGUGAAAUAUAAACAAGGAUAUGAUUCAUCAAUUUGCCAUGCUGUGACUGAAGGCUUGCUAGUAACGUCAUCAAAGCCAGUAAAUGAAAUUAAAUGAAAUUACACCA